GAAGAUGUGGAAGAAGAACAUAUUCACUUUCAGAACGUUAUCGCAACGUUUCAGCAGUAUGCUUCGUAUACGCUCGCAGGUAACAAUCGCCGGCGAAAAGAUCUGUAUACGCUCUCUAGAGAAGACCAGAAACUCUUAGAGACUCUGGGAUAUAAGAAGAAACUAGAAGAGGUGGACCAAGCUAUCCUUGUGAACGCUGAGUUCCUGAAUAAAAUAGUGGCGAAUCCGGAGAUUUUUGGUCACGGUAUGGAGGACGAAAAUGUUCAG